AUUUCCAUAUUCUCUGUGCUUUUUUGCAGCGAAGGACUCCAAAGCUUUUCAGGCGAAGUUUUGAGAGGAUUUUAGAUUUAACCCUUUCAGGUAAUAACAAAUGGAAUUUUUUAGAGAAGUUGGAGAACUCCAGGGUAACCAGGGCAUGGAAGAGGAAGAGGGUGUUAUGUCUGUAAAGUCGAUUGCGAUGAUUGUACCGCCGGAACUGCAAGACUUGCCGGAAACCCCUACACCCGAGAGCAGUGCCAAUUCGAGUGCACGCGAGGGCUUCGGUGAUAAUCAUUCUUCGCCAUCUGAGGGGUCGUCAUUAGAAAGGACUCCCAAUGUUGGAGAAGAUAUGGGGGAGGGCAUGAGCAAUCCCUUGCUGGAAAGUGUGGAGGUGAAUUUGGAUGUGCCCAUGGUUGCAGGUUGGGAAAAUAAGACUAUAAGUGGUAGGCUGAGCAACCUUCGCAAGGCCCCACAUACAUUGGGUGCUAAAUUUAGGUUUAGGGCAAACCUUCAUCACGAGAUAGCAGAUUGCACGACCUUAAUUAAAGGAUACAAAAGACUAGAGGAAAUAGUGAGGCAGUAUCACGUCCCCAGAACAAUUUUGCUCCGAACUGGCACCAAAAACGAAAGGGCCUACACAGUGUCGCUAACAGGGUGGAUACUCGUGUAUGUGGAUCACUUUGAUGCCGACCUGCGAUUCCCACUGCCCGGGCUAAUUUUUGACGUUCUCGAGGAGUACGAGCUAGCACUGACAAAACUGACCCCCAACAGCAUAAAAUUUAUUAUAGGAUUUAUGCUGUUGUGUGCAAGGUUAAAGAUACCUGCGAAGGCCAUUGUGUUCAAAUCACUCUUCUUGUGCUGGCUGAGUACCACUCAAACGAGGUGGUACUAUAUAUCUGGGAGAGAGAAAAUGGUGAUUUUUACGAACAUGAGGAAUAAGGUAUCCAGAUGGAAAAGACAAUUUGUUUUUGUCCAGGAUACACGAACAGAGAGGGUCAGCAACGAUUUGGCAGCUCGCCUCUCUCGAUGGCGCUUAGGGCACACUUACAUGAACUAUCCCAUGCUAACUCCUGACGACCUAGAGCCUAAGGAUAAAAUAACGAACUAUGUAAAGGCGAAGGGUUUAGUCGAUUUGGAGGCCCUGGUUACCCUUGAGGUGCUCGCUGUUCACGGGUUUGUGGACAUCACAAACCUGUUUAGUGAAGGAGAGAUGAGUAGCAUGCUUGAGAGGCAACGUGAACGAGCUCAACGCUUGCGAGCUCGAGGUGCUGGGUCCAGCACACAUAGACAAACACGCUUUGACGAGCGGUCGCUUGCAGCUCCUCGCAGCUCGUCACAAAGAGAGCGAAGCUCCAACUCGGCUUCACUGCCACAUGCCGAGCGUAGAGUAGAAGUCGUUUCUGUUGAGACUCAGAGGCGCACUCGCGAAGACUCCGGUGCUGAGGAUGACAUGCCACUAAUUCGGCGCAGAUUGAAUUCUGGAAGUCAGUCUAGUGCGAUACGCUCACCUGAUGCAGCUCGUAGGCAAAAUCGCGAGCUGACUAACAGUUGCAAGCAGUUGACAUCUGACAAGGCGAGCUUGGAGGAUGAGGUGAACCGUUUGCAAAGUUCAGAGAUGGCCAACAGGGGUGCAUCAGCCAAGAGCCGAGCUGAUGAGUUGGCCAACAAAGUCAACCAACUGAAGGAGGAGUUGGAGAAGGUUCAAGCCGAAAAAGAGAGUGGGUUCCAGGUGCCCAUGGACGAGGUCGUUCGUGCGGUGGAUCGUGCGAAGAAGGCUGAAGUUGAAAGAGACAACGCUCUGAACAACCUCAGCACUCUCAAACGGCGGCGCUGCAUAGGCAUUGCGCGAGCUCAAGGAGCAGAGUGGCUAGUAGGUGCUGAUAUGUUCAAGGAUGCCGUGGCUAUGGCAUCCAUGAACACCACGAUAGAGAUUUACAAUGACGUUCGUGGAAAAGUGUUAAAGCACCGACUAGACUUUCCAAUUGGCGAGCUGGCGUUUUUUGAGGGUGAAGAGUUUGGUGAAGAGGGGAAAAGCCUUGCUUCCCCUACUGAUACUACCGUGCGGCUCAAGUGGGAGCUGAACGAAGAUGGAGUGCCAAUAUGGCCUUCAUCCGUUUUGGAAAAGGGAGAAGAUUUUGAGAACCUGCCUAGGUUCGAUUCCUAGGUGGGUGGCGCACCCGAAGAAGAAGCUGAACCCUCAAGCACUCCCCCUGCACCUCAGCCAAUCUCCACUGUUGCCAUUCCUUCUCCAGCUCAUGCUGACGCAUCCAUUCCUGUUGAUUUAACGGAUGAUUAGGAUUAGGCUUUACAUUUUCCUUUUGCCUUUUUAGUUUUAAAAUUUCCAUGUCUAGGGCAAAUUUUGUACUUGCUUUGAUAUUACAUGUAACACACUUGCAAGAAAUAUAACUAGACAAUUUUU